GAGACUGUGGUCGAGUUUCAAUUUGCAGCCGUGAGACUGACUGCAUUUCAUGCAUGACAAAAGUCCUGUGUCUCAACAUGAAACUUACAGACGCCGUAUAGAUUUCUACAGCAAGGUUUCACAACAGUAGACGUGAACCUAAUCCACAACCAAUGACUUUACAUUUGUAAUGAUUUAACUCGAUAUCAGUUAAACCACAACAGAUAAGACGAUAAUUUCCUUUUAUUUUCUAUUUUAUUUGUGUGAUUUUUAUAUACACUAGCCAACAUAUACGAAGUGGAUCAAGUGCCUGUAUUGUAGCUGCACAUAGAAACACAACAUAUCCAUCUUUGUCUUCCUCUGACUACACCUGACUCACGGCACAACCCGUUUAUUGUUUCCUCACAUAUUUUCUUUCUUCUUAAAUGGUUAAAAUUGCUCAUUCUGUCUUACCUGGUUAUGAUGUCCCCACCUUCCUGCGUAAGGUUAAGCCUUUAAUAACAAUAACGGUUGACAAUACUCACCUGCACGUUUUUUACUUCCGUGUGUGCCCAGGGGGAGGAACUGCUUUGUUUAUUAAAAGUCCAUCCCAACAGUGUCCAAACUGGGGCUGGGCCAAAAUACUACUGGUUCCUGAAUUGCUAGCCAAUCAUGGGCCAGAUGUCUACUAUAAGUAAAGAUGCAGGGGUUUUCGAAAAAGAAAGCUUGUGUGUUUUUAUCAUUGCAUCUUUGGACCAGUAGUUGGGCAUCAUGAAGGUCGCAUCUUUCAACAUUCAAAAAUUUGGGAAAACAAAACUAUCGGAUCCGUUAGUGCGGAAAACCCUGAUUAAGAUAGUUUCACGCUAUGACAUCGUCGUGAUUCUGGAGGUGGUGGAUUCGAAGGGAGAUGCUGUAGAUGACUUUCUCAAAGAGCUGAACAAGUCUAACAAGACGCAUCAUUACACCUUAGAGAUAAGCACACGCCUGGGACGAGGAAAUUACAAAGAACAGUUUAUGUUCCUUUACAGGGACGACCUGGUAGAUUUGGUUGGUUCGUACCAAUACGAAGACAAUCAGCCUGGAGACGAGGAUGCUUUUGCCAGAGAACCAUAUGUCCUGAGAUUCACAUGUCACAAAACAGUGCUAAAGGAUUUGGUGCUGAUUCCCGUUCACACGAAGCCUGAGGAUUCAGUGAAGGAACUGGAUGAACUGUACGAUGUGUUUCAAAAUGUCAAGGAGAAAUGGAAGACGGAUAACAUCAUGAUUCUGGGGGACUUCAAUGCAGAUGGAAGUUACGUGUCUAAUAAAAACAUGAAAAAGAUCAGAAUCCGGAGCGACAAGAACUUUCAUUGGCUGAUCACUGAUGACGUGGACACCACAGCCAACACUUCUAAUGACAACACUUACGACCGGAUCGUGGUAUAUGGAGACGAUAUGUUGGACGCUGUGGUUCCAGGUUCUGCAGUACCAUUUAACUUCCAGAAGGCUUACAAGCUAACAAAUGAGAAUGCACUGAAAGUGAGUGAUCACUACCCAGUAGAGGUGGAACUGAAAGAGGAAGCCCCACGGCCAAAACGCAAGCGUACAUGAUAAACUACAAACUUUGGAGAAAUAGACUGAACUCUUCUCGAGAUGUGACUGCGGAGAUCCAGAUUUACAGCUGGAACAGUUUAAAGAACAUCUCAGUGAUUGCUUACAAGAGACCACUUUUUAACUUGAAUAAAC